AUGGGGAUGCCUGUUGUGGAGACUCCCCUGGUUCCGCUGUCUCUAAGUCUGCCACCCCUCAGGAAAUCGACUAGUCUCACAGAGGCUCAGGCACGGCAAGCUCUGCGUCGGAUUCAUGAAUUUACUUUGUAUCCAAUCCCGCCAGUGCUUGAGCUGGAGUCAGCCAGUCACAACCAAGAUGCCUCCGCACUAGAUUCAGGUUAUGCGUCUGAAACGGAAGCUGAUGAGGCAUCCAAGGCCGGCAAGGCGAUCCCUCUGUAUCUGGACCCGAUAGAGCGCGACUUUGCCGUGCGCUGGCUCACCGGAUUCAUUGGACAAGCCUGGGAGUUCCCUCUGAGCGAUGACAUACGCGACGAGUUUGUGGAUGCUGCAUGCUCACUGCUAUCGUAUUUCACUUCCCCCGAGGAUGACUCCAACACGCCCGAUGAAGAUCCCGGCAUGACGCGCCGAUUCCAGUUCUCAACUGGCAACGGCGCCGAAACCUUUGUGGUUGAUCUUUAUGAUACUCCCAUGCAAACCGGCGAAGACCACACCGAUGUUGGCCUGCAAACUUGGGGAGCCUCCAUCGCAUUCUCUCAGAUGUUUUGCACUGCGCCCAUGGAUUUUCUGGCGACCACGAGAGCACUUGAUUCCUCUACUCGAAUUGUUGAGCUUGGUGCCGGAACAGGCCUUGUCAGCCUGGUGCUUGCAAGUCUGUUACCAACGAUCACCGAUUCAGUACCGUCUAUUGUUGCAACCGACUAUCACCCCACCGUGCUAAAGAACCUGGAAAAGAAUGAAGCGUCCCAUUACAAGGAAGGAUCUACAGCAAUGGUGCAGGUGGCUCAUCUUGAUUGGUGUGCACCUCCAUUAGACGUACCUGCAGACAUCCUCGUGGCAGCAGAUGUUGUCUAUGCCGUGGAGCAUGCGCGAUGGCUUCGUAAUUGCGCUGCUUCUUUACUCACGCCGGACGGUGUCUUUUGGUUGAUGGUUUCUAUCAGACCUAAUGGCAAGUUUGCGGGUGUAUGUGAUUCGAUAGAAAGCAUAUUCACCAAGCCAAGCCUAUCUGACAUGAAUGGCAGCCGAUAUCUGAAAAUUUUGGAUAAUCGGUGGAUUGACAAGAAGGAUAGCGUUGGGCGAGCCGACGAAGUUGGUUACAAACUCUUUAGAAUUGGAUGGGCGUGA